AUGUGGCGACAAAUUCAAAAUGUUGGUCUAGUCGAAAAUUAUAUUAAUAAUGCUAACUUUGCUCUUCAUAUUCGUAUGUUAGCUGCUUUGGCCUAUGUUCCACCAGAUAACGUUAUUAAUGCAUACGAAGAAAUUUUAGAAACACAAUUUUAUGUUGAAAAUGAAGACCUGUUAAUGCCAUUCUUGGAUUAUUUCGAGGAUACCUGGGUAGGAAAAAUAACAGGAAGACGAAAAACUCGACGACAACCAAGACAUCUUAUUGAUAUUUGGAAUUGUCAUUAUUCAGCCAAAAAUGGUCUUCCAACAACAAACAACGCUGUUGAAGGGUGGCACAGAGGAUUUACAUCUGUUAUUGGAGCAAGCCACCCUAAUAUAUGGAAAUUCAUUGAUGGAAUUAAGAAAGUUCAAAAUAUAGAAGAAUUGAAACGAGAGCAGUAUAUUGCUGGAGAACAACCACAGAAAAAAAAAAGUACAAGGACUGUAAUAAAAGAAUUCAUGCAUUAGUUACAAAUUAUAAUACUAAUGAGAAUAAGAACUUCAUAAAAGGUAUAGCAUAUAA